AAAGCUGAAAUUUACUUCAUAAGUUGGACGUCACGAGGAGAAAGAUAGUUGAAACGAAAACAAGAAGCUUACGGCGGGAAAAAGAAACAGAGCACACAACCGCAAAGCAAACCUUCCUAAAAGCAUCUCUCUCUCUCUUUCAUUUUAUAUAAUUCAACUCUCAAAAUUCUUAAACAAAUUCCAGAUUCUCUCUCUGCUUCCUUUCUUCGCUCCGGAGAGAUUUUCUGCAGAAUUUUUCCGGAGGAAGGACGCCGAGCAUUCGCCUUCUGCACUAACAUUUUCAAUCUCUUCAAUCUUCUCUUCUCGAGUUCUGUAACUGGAUCCGUUGCAGGGAAACUGAUGAACGAAGAAUCAUUUUGCUUCAAAUUUGGUCUUCGGUAGUUCCUGCUUUUUCCAUGCCUGUACAGUACUGCUUAGCGAAACUUGGUCUAGAGUCGAGCCCACACAGAUGCAAUUACCAAGCUGACAGUUAAAGUAUCAAUGGUUAUUUUAUUGUAGUCCUAAUUUAAAUUCAAUUCGGGGUAUAAUCGUCAUAGAAGGAGUUUGGUAGAAGUUAUUCCCCUGCAGCGGACUUACAUUUCAAGAAAUAGUCUCUUUUGUGCCCAUUGCCCAAACUUGAUGAUGAUUGAUGCUCGCACGUAUCCCGACGAACCAGCUUUUCUGGAAUUAUAGUGUUGAAAUUUUGGAUUGUUGGCUGAUCGCCGAAAGGCGCAUGAGAUGCCGUGCCGGGCGGAAGGGGUCCUGAUUUUUAUUUCUUUAUUCAUUUCUUUUUAGAGGGGUGUGGCAGCGGCACAGGAUCUCUGUUGAAACUUGAAAUUAACUCAAGCCGUCUAACGUGCUUUUGAUGGCGUUGAUUUGAUCCAUCAUAAACUGCUACAUAGAUUUAACAUGACAGAUCUCGAGAACGAAAGGAAAAGAUAUAUCGCAGUAAUAAGGAAGAGAAGCAAGCAGUGGUGAAAACCCAAUUUGAUUCUAUACUAUACAACGAGUAAUGGAUGAAAUGUAGCCUGCCUUAAGUAGACAUGGAGACUAGCGGCGGAGGAAGCGCCGAUGAGGGUCGCCGCAUAUUCAAGGCUGAUACAUGGUGUAGCCAAUUUCGCAAUGGGUCCAAUCCUUGGAUGGCAAGAUAUAUCUAUGCUUUAAUGUUUCUAAUUGCUAAUUUGUUGGCAUGGGCUGUCCGGGAUUAUGGCCGUGGCGCAUUGACGGAGAUGGAAAGAUUAAAAGGAUGUCACGGGGCGCGUGAUUGCCUAGGUGCUGAAGGAGUUCUUCGUGUAAGCUUGGGCUGCUUUAUAUUUUAUUUCACCAUGUUUCUUUCUACAACUGGCACUUCAAAGAUGCGAGGACGCAGAAGUACUUGGCAUUCUGGAUGGUGGUCUGCGAAGAUUAUCUUAUGGAUUGCGUUCAUAAUCAUCCCCUUUGUGCUUCCUGCCACCGUUAUUCGGUUAUAUGGGGACGUUGCACAUUUUGGUGCCGGGGUCUUUCUCCUGAUUCAGCUUGUAAGCGUGAUAAGCUUUAUAACAUGGUUGAAUGAUUGUUGUCAAUCCGACAAGCCUGCAGACAGAUGUCAAAUACACAUCAUGUUACUUGCAACAAUGGCAUAUGUCAUCUGUUUAGUGGGAAUCAUUUCGAUGUACAUAUGGUAUGUGCCACAGCCGACUUGUCUUCUCAACAUUUUUUUCAUUACGUGGACACUGGUACUACUCCAACUCAUGACCAGCGUUUCUCUCCAUCCUAAAGUGAAUGCUGGAAUCUUGACUCCGGGUCUGAUGGGGCUUUACAUAGUUUUUAUCUGCUGGUGUGCCAUUAGGAGUGAACCAGGAGGAGGAAAGUGUGUUAGAAAUGCAGAGACUUCAACCAAAACCGACUGGCUUACCAUUAUAAGCUUUAUCGUUGCUGUACUCGCAAUGGUUAUAGCAACAUUCUCCACCGGAAUAGACUCCAAGUGCUUCCAGUUCAGGAAGGAUGACAAACAGGACGAAGAAGAUGAUGUCCCAUAUGGCUAUGGUUUUUUUCACUUGGUUUUCGCCACCGGAGCAAUGUACUUUGCAAUGCUUUUGAUUGGUUGGAAUACAAAUCAUCCCAUUCGAAAGUGGACAAUUGACGUCGGAUGGACAAGCACUUGGGUUCGGAUUGUCAAUGAAUGGCUCGCUGUCUGUGUUUACUUGUGGAUGCUGGUGGCUCCAGUGAUAUGGAGGAACAGGCAAAUGGUAGUAGGAGCUGUAUGAGAGAAACCGACCCCUCGUUCAUUCAUUGCGUCGCUCCAAAAUUCCUUACUGAUUGAAUUGGAUUGCAAAGUUCUAAACAUGUAAUUUCCAAAAGCCUAUUUUUAUUUUAUUUUUGAUGAUUUGAUUUGUUCAACAAUUAGGAAAAGAUAAAAAGUGUAGUCCUCUAAAACAUUGCCUCAUUUGUAAAUAUAUAGUAGCUUAUUAAGCUUA